AUGGUUGUUGACAGUUCUUACUAUGACGCACUGGACGUCAAGCCAGAUGCGACAGAAUUGGAAAUCAAGAAAGCGUACCGAAAGCUCGCCAUAACUACCCAUCCCGAUAAAAACCCGGGUGAUGAAACUGCCCACGAACGUUUCCAAGCUGUUGGCGAAGCCUAUCAAGUCUUAUCUAAUAGAGAUACUCGAGCAGCCUAUGACAAAUAUGGCAAAGAAAAGGCUAUGCCGAGGGAAGGCUUCGAAGAUCCCGCCGAGUUCUUCUCCAUGAUCUUUGGUGGGGAUGCCUUCGUCGACAUUAUUGGUGAACUUUCUCUCCUGAAGGAUCUGACACAUACCAUGGACAUCACAAUGGAACAAAUGGAAGAAGAGGAACUUGCGAAAUCCGCCGAAGAGAAAUUGAAUGUCCACGAUGCCAAGGAACAAGAGGCCACCGCCGCCACUGCAGCCGCAAGCACUUCUGCUCCUCCACCGCCUCCCUAUGUUGCAGGCGAAGAUGCUCCCGCCACGUCAUCUGCUGGAGUAUCUGGAACCAGCACACCGCAAAGACGAUACAUGGGCCAGCAAGCUAUCAUGGAUCGGUCUGAGGAAGACGCCCGAAUGGACGCUGCUGGACUGAGUCCAGAGGAAAAAGACCUACAAAAGAAGAAAAAGAAAGGCGGGCUCACAAAAGAACAACGCGAGAAGCUCGAAGCUUAUGAGCGCGAACGACGAAAACAGCGCGAAGAGAGAGUGGAUACUUUAGCAAAGAAACUGGUCGAUCGCAUAAGUGUAUGGACCGAGACCGAAAAAGGUCCCGAAGUCACCAAUGCAUUCCAGGAAAAGACGAGACUGGAAGUGGAAAAUUUGAAGAUGGAAUCCUUUGGUAUUGAAAUCCUACAUGCCGUCGGUCAAACGUAUCUUCAGAAAGCUACCUCCUUCCUGAAGUCCCAGAAAUUCCUAGGCAUCUCAGGCUUCUUCUCCCGCUUAAAGGACAAGGGCACUCUUGCUAAAGAUACCUGGAACACCAUAUCUACUGCGAUAGAUGCGCAGCUCACCAUGGAGGAAAUGGCGAAGCUAGAAGAGAAAGGUGGUGCAGACUGGACUGACGAGAAGAAAGCCGAGUACGAGCGAAAAGUGACCGGCAAGAUCCUCGCUGCAGCAUGGCGUGGCUCGAGGUUCGAGAUUCAGGGUAUCCUGCGCGAAGUCUGCGAGAAGGUACUGAACGAUAAGAACGUCAGGCUGGAGAAACGCAUCGAGCGUGCACAUGCUCUGGUCCUCAUAGGAACGAUAUAUCAAAAGGCUGAACGCGACCCUGAUGAAGAAGGCGACUUCAUGGCCUUUGAGCAAUUGAUGGCCGAGUCAAUGAAGAAACAGGAGAAGAAGAAAGAAAAGGAGAAGGAGAAAGAACCUGAGGCUCCGCCCCAUCGUCACCACUUUGGACACAAAGACAAAGAAUCAGCUGAAGCAUCCCGUUCGUCGGCUACAUAG